AUGACAGUGUUGGAGUACGAGAAAAAGUUCAAUGAAUUGUCCAAAUACUGUAUUCCACUCGUUGAAGAUGAAAGUAAGAAGUGUCAGCUGUUCACUAGAGGAUUGAAGGCCUCCAUCAGAGACAUUGUGAUUAGUCAGCGGCUGACUAAUUUUGGGAAUUUGGUGAUGUCCGCUUUGCUGAUGGAGAGUAGCCAGAUGAUGGUAAGAGCCCGAGGUGAACCUCGGAGGAGACAGUUUGAUAUGGGUGGUCCCAAUCAAGGAUCAUCCAAGAGGAGUAGUUACAGUUCUGGGUCAUCCAGUGGCCGCAGUUAUGGAGGUUAUCGACCUGGAGUUAGUUCGAGUGGAGGCUCCAAUCAGAGUGGUAGUUCUGGGAGCCAUUCUGUGGGCAGUGCAGUUAGAGAGUGCCCGGUAUUGCUUCAGGGUGGAGAAGCGACUGUUGCAUCGCCUAGAGGGGUAGGCACUCAGGGCAGAUCGCAGUUUAGAGGAGCCUCGUCCAGUGGUGGGGCCCAGACCAAUGUGGCCAGCAGAGGCACGGUGUAUCGCAAUAGUGCAGUUUUAGUAGGAGAUGUAUGUCUAGAAGCAGAUUUGAUUCCGUUGGAAAUGGUGGGCUUGGAUGUUAUUUUGGGCAUGGAUUGGCUAGCCAAGCAUCAUGCCUUAUUGGAUUGCUUCAGGAAGGAAGUUGUAUUUCGUAGUCCUGGACGACCUGAAGUGACAUUUUAUGGUGAGCGUAGAGUGCUCCCAUCUUGCCUCAUUUCAGCGAUGACGGCAAAGAGAUUGCUCAGAAAAGCAUGCUCAGGAUAUCUAGCCCACGUAAUUGAUACCAGGAAUCAGGAGUUAAAGUUGGAAGAUAUUCCAAUAGUCCGGGAAUUUCCAGAUGUGUUUCCUGAUGAUCUUCCUGGGUUACCUCCUCACCGGGAGAUCGAGUUCACUAUUGAGCUCAUUCCAGGAACGAGCCCUAUAUCUCAAGCACCCUAUAGGAUGGCACCAGCAGAAUUAAAGGAAUUGAAGGUGCAGUUGCAGGAGUUAGUAGACAAGGGAUUCAUCCGACCUAGUUUUUCCUGA